AUGUUACUGGAGGGGUUCAAGGUGGAGAGCCCGCAUGUGCGGUACGGCGCCGGCGAGAUCGAGUCCGAGUACCGGUAUGACACCACGGAGGUGGCGACGACGCCGGAGGGAAGCUGGGUGGUGCGUCCCAAGUCCAUCACCUACAACUUCAAGAACAGCACCGCCGUCCCAAAGCUCGGUUGGGUCGAUGAAAUGGUUGCUAGCAACAAUAUCCUUUACAACCCAGGGGAGCACCCUGACCACGUCAUCGUCACCAGGUUCUAUGUGCCGUAUGUCGGGGACAGCAAGAGGGCCAUGGACGAGUACACCUCGGAGAUUUUCAUGGGUGGCAAUAACACCAUCGUGUUGCACAAUACUUGCAAGGACUCACUUCUCGCUGCACCUAUCAUCCUUGAUCUGGUGCUCUUGGCUGAGCUCAGCACUAGGAUCCAACUGAAAACGCGGAGCCAAGAGAAGUUCCAUUCUUUCCAUCCAGUAGCCACCACCCUGAGCUAUCUAAGCAAGGCUCCACUUGUUCCUCCAGCAGUGGUGAAUGCACUGGCCAAGCAGAGAGCCAUGCUCGAGAACAUCCUUAGGGCUUGUGUUGGGCUGGCCCCUGAGAACAACAUGAUGCUUGAGCACAAAUGGCAUGCCAAGCGAAUCUUCUCAUCACAGCGGGAAGAACAAAGGUAG